GUUUGGAUCGUGGAGUCAUUUGGAAUUGGGGGGUCUUCUUCUUCUGUGUCUUUGGUCUGGCCUAUGUUUUCUGAACUCUGUUUCAAAGCUUGAAGGUGGGCAAUGCAGGGAGUAGUCAAUAGGGGCGAUUCAUGGCUGCAGUGCCAGCUUUGUUGUAUGAUGGAGAUUUUUUGGGCUCUGAAUGUCUCUCUGGUUACAGUGUCUUUGGUUUGUUCUUCUUCUGGGUUAUUAUUACCUCCGGGGUUACAAGUCUCAGAACCCGCAAAAGUUUUACGAAGAGCAGUUCAAGGAAGACAUGGUUGAGAGAGGAAGAGGAACAGAGGAUCAGGGUCCGAGUUGUCGAAGAGAUUUGGCAAUGGUGUCAUCUUCUUCUGCAUGUUAUGCAAAGCCAUUACCCAUUAGAGAGGCACCUUCGAACUACCGUCCAUAUCCUCCGCCCCUUGCGAAGUACCAGGAUGUUGUAGCAGACCGAAAGCUUUUCAUGGAUUCCCUGGAAAAGCUUCAUAGUACCAUGGGAACUAAAUUUAUGAUCCCCACAAUAGGUGGCAAAGAGCUAGACUUACAUCGGCUCUUUGUAGAGGUGACUUCCCGGGGUGGUCUCGAACAGGUAAUUAGAGACAGGAGAUGGAAAGAAGUAACUGCUGUUUUCAAUUUUCCCGCUACAGCUACAAAUGCAUCUUUUGUCUUGCGCAAGUACUACAUUUCCUUGCUUCAUCAUUAUGAGCAGAUCUACUUAUUUGGAGCCCAAGAUUGGACCUCACCACCUGCUGUUCCUUUGCAUUCUCCAUCUCCCAUGCCAGUUCCACAUCGAGGGCCAGUUGAACCAGUGCUACCAUCAGCAGAAACUCAAGCAAAUGUUACCGUCAAACGAAGGAAAAGUACUGGGGAGUUCUUGCCUGCAAGUCCACCACCACCCAUGCUUUGUCCUGUUGUUGGGGUCAUUGAUGGAAAAUUUGAACAUGGUUAUCUUGUUAGUGUUAUGGUUGGCACCCAGCAGCUGAAAGGUGUCCUGUAUCAUGCUAAUGAACUCUCAGUUGGCCAAAUGCCACAAUAUUCUGGUUAUCUUGCCAAUAAUAGUGGCAGGGAUGCUUCUGGGACAGGCACACGCCGCCGUAGGCGUCGGAAGAAAUCAGAAAUAAGAAGGCGAGAUCCUGCCCACCCAAAACUUAACAGAAGUGGCUAUAACUUCUUCUUUGCUGAGCAGCAUGCCAGGCUGAAACUACUCCACCCUGGAAAGGAUAGAGAAAUAAGUAAGAUGAUUGGCGAAUUGUGGAACAAACUAACAGAGACUGAGAAAGCUGUUUACCAGGAGAAAGGCUUUAAGGAUAAAGAGAGGUACAGAAGUGAGAUGGUGGUAUACAGGGAGAGACAGAGAACUGGAGGAGUUAUCAGUGAUGCUGUUCCAAUCCAGCAGCGACAUGCAGGACCAGAUGUAGCAGUGGUGGAAGUGGAUCCAAACAUAGAUGCUGAAGAAGGUGACUCCCUUCAAACAAUUGAGAGUGACACUAGUUCUGGAGUGUCUGAUUCUGAGGAGGAGAAAACUGCAGAGAUUGAAAAAUCUCCGGUGGCAGGAAAUGGAUCUGAAUCUGCCAGUGCAGUUCCAGGGGUAAAAACAGAGGGAGAUGAUUUUGAGUUGCUGAAUAGGGAUCAGAAGGUAGAUGAGAACAAGGUUCAGGGCUCGGGUUUGGAUAAUGUUUCAGGGCCUAUAAAGGAAGAAUCAGUAGCUAGUGAAGGACAUUGAUCUGAUGGGGGAAUUGGUAUAUUCUUGAAAAGGUUUUGGCUCCAGUCAUUCAUCACUUUUGGUGCAUUUGUAGAAUCAGGUCAUUGUUCUUCUUUUUUUACUGUUGACUUUAUUAUAGGAUAUGUAACAAAUGUUGUUCCUUGUUUUGUGGAAUUAUUUAUUUUCUAAGAUUCUGGACAGUGUUGUAGUUGGAAAGUGUUUAAUGCAUUCAAGUAUAGUAAACUUGUUUUCUCAUUUAA